AUGUCUGCAACGACGACGCUCAAUGCUGAGGUGAGACAGAGGCAGGUUAAUUCAUCUGGUCUUGAACAGAUUAAUCAAAAUGGUGUUGAUAAUAACGAAACAUCGGCAAGGAAGGAGGAGGCAGCGGCUACGUCACAAGCCUCAGACACAGAUGAAGAUGAUCUGCCGGUGAAACCUUCAAAACCAAGCUCUCAGACACUGCAGGCCACUGAUAAAACAACGGUGGGACUGGAUCAUUGCCUGAAAGAUUUUUCUCCCAGAUGGAGAAACUGGGUAAUUCGAGGAAUCUUUUCAUGCCUGAUGAUAUCUUCAUUCACAUUCCUGAUAUACCUUGGGCCACUAGCUCUUGUGCUUCUGAUAAUUGCCAUACAAAUCAUGUGCUUUCAUGAAAUUAUUACAAUUGGUUAUGUUGUAUACCGCACAUACGAGCUUCCCUGGUUCCGAACCCUCAGUUGGUAUUUUCUGUUUGCCUCCAAUUUCUUCUUCUUUGGAGAGAGUCUGAUAGGCUAUUUCGGAGUUCUUUUGGCUCGAACAGAUUUUCUCAGGCCGUUUGUGACCUACCACAGAUUCAUCUCCUUCUCAUUAUACACAGCAGGCCUGGUUGGGUUUGUUUGUAGCCUUGUGAAGAGGCAUUAUCUGAAACAGUUUACUUUGUUUGGAUGGACUCAUGUUACACUUCUGCUUGUUGUUGUGCAGUCACAUUUCAUUAUCCAGAAUGUCUUUGAAGGUCUGAUUUGGGUGCUUGUUCCCGCAUCAAUGAUCAUCUGUAAUGACAUGAUGGCCUACCUUUUUGGCUUCUUUUUUGGCCGUACUCCUCUCAUUAAAUUAUCACCGAAGAAGACAUGGGAAGGAUUUAUUGGUGGCGCAUUUUCAACCAUAAUAUUUGGCAUAGUU